UCGCAUUUAAAUUGUGGCUAAUGAAGUUCGGUUAAGUCGAACGAAAUAUUCUUAUGAUAUCUAUGCGUCUAUUUUUUAUCUACAGAUAUGGCGGUGGCGUCUGUGAAUCUAACGCGAAAGAAAGAGCUACGAUUUCCAGACAUUCUUGACGGUGAUUUCGAGAACUAUUCACGCCACGACUUGAGUAGCGUUAUGCUUCCUCGAGAAGCCUUCCCUUCAAAUGCAUCAGAACUUGGUAAGGUGGUGUGGAUGAUGUUUGACUCAUUAACAGCUAUGAAAGAUGCAACUAGCAAUCAAGAGGUAGGAACUCGCAUUAUGAAUAUCAUCACCAGACCGCAACGCAAAGGAGAGUUUGAAAAACCAGUCAGGAUGAAAUUCUGGCUUUCUAAGCCAACUCUCAGCAACACGAACUGCGUAUUUUGGAAUCAAAGUAGUAUGAAGGAACACGGUGUUUGGUCUACAGAAGGCUGUACAGUUGUGCAAAGAAACUAUUCAACAGUCAUGUGUCACUGCGAUCAUCUGACCAGUUUUGCUGUUCUGACGAGGGUCACUCCAAAUCAGUCCGGCAAACAACACGAACUACCUCUAACAAUUAUCACCUACGUAGGCUGUGGUUUGUCCAUCUUGGGAUGCAUUCUGACAAUCAUUACAUACGCAUUCUUAACAAGCCUUCGGUCGCAGAGAAUUAUUAUUCAUAUAAAUUUGGUGACUGCUGUUUUGCUUGCUCAAGUCUUAUUCCUUGUGGCAGCUUUUGGAGUGAAACCACAGACAUCACAGGUUGCUUGUUACGCAGUCGCAGUUGGGCUCUUUUUCUUUUUCCUAUGUGUUUUUUCGUGGAUGCUCGCUGAAGGAAUCCAUAUUUACUUCAUGGUGGUCAGAGUCUUUGAGUCAGGAAGAGGAAGGAAUCUAUAUUACACGUGUAUAGGAUGGGGUUUCCCAUUCACCGUAACUGUAAUCGUCGUUGCCAUUUUUCAAAAGAGGCUUCUUUCAAAGGAAAUUUGCUGGUUGUCAGUGGAGACAGGAGCUAUUUGGAGCUUUGUUGGUCCAGCCAUCUUUGUCAUGACGAUUAAUUUGGGCAUACUCACAAUGGUAAUGAGAGUAACCUCAAAAAUGUUAAAUGAAGAAUCGCCAUCUAAUGCUAGGUCUUUGGCAAAAGCUUUUGUCACUCUUCUUCCAAUUCUGGGUCUGACGUGGGUAUUUGGACUUCUUGCUGUUAACAACAACUCUGUGGUAUUUGAGUAUCUUUUUGCCAUAUUCAAUUCCUUACAGGUAAGUUGUCUUCUUACGUUACACAGGAGUUGAAGUACCCUUGUUUUUUCACGUGGUUUUAUCCACAUCAUUUUCAACUAGACUAAUUGGUUUACUUUGUUGUUGUUGUUU